GGGCCUUAAAAAAACUUAAUCGGCCCACAAGACAAAACACAAACCCCACUUCUAUUUGUUAACUUGUCUUCUUCUUCUUCCAACAUCUCUCACAUGCGACCUAGUACGACCACUUCCUCUAAUUUUUCCAAUCUUCUUGUUCUUUCACCAUCUUCUCAUUAUUAUUAUUUGUCUCUAAUCAUCUUCUCCUGUCUUUGUUCUUCUUUUUCACAUCAUUAUUGGAAUGAAAGUUUGUUAUUUCUUAAAAUAAUAACUGAUGGGGAUGGCGGCAACACCGUUGGUAAUACCUUUGCAACAUUCUUCAUCUUUAUUGAGUUUCCGUCGGAAUCCACUCUUGACCAAGAUAUCCCUUCCACGGAUCGGUUUCGGACCCCGGGAAAGUCAUAUCCAAUGCGAUAAUAUACGUUCUGCGUGGAACGCGUCUCAGAGCAAUGGGAAAAGAAGAAGUGAGUUGGUGGUGGCGGCGGCGGGAAAGAAAAGAAACAAAUCGCCGGAAAGAUGCGCGGCGGAAGGAAUACUGAUCGAAGGAGGAGAGACGGAGGCGGUACCGAUGAUGCCUGAAAGGAUCAAAGUAGUGAUCUUGAUGGCGUGCAUGAUGUGUUUGUGUAACGCCGACCGAGUUGUUAUGUCAGUGGCGGUGGUUCCACUUGCCGAGAAGCUUGCCUGGUCGAGUUAUUUCUUAGGGGUAGUUCAGUCCUCCUUCCUAUGGGGUUACAUAUUUUCAUCAGUCAUUGGAGGAGCACUAGUGGAUCGGUAUGGAGGAAAAAUUGUAUUGGCUUUUGGUGUAGCAUUGUGGUCCUUAGCCACUCUACUCACUCCUUGGGCAGCUGCACACUCGACCUUAGCCUUAUUGUGUGUCCGAGCUUUUUUUGGCCUAGCUCAAGGCGUUGCAUUGCCCUCUAUGACCACCAUUCUCUCUCGGUGGUUCCCAACGGAUGAAAGAGCGAGUGCGGUUGGUAUAUCGAUGGCCGGGUUUCACAUGGGUAAUGUCGCGGGACUUCUGUUGGCGCCACUCUUGUUAUCUUCUAUAGGAAUCUCUGGUCCGUUCGUUCUUUUUGCAUCCUUAGGUCUAUUGUGGGUGUCAACUUGGUCAACCGGCAUUACUAACAACCCACAAGACAGUCCUUACAUCACCGGGUCAGAACUCAGGCUUAUCCAGGCUGGAAAACCGGUUGACCCGCCGACCAAUUCUACAAAUUCAAACCCACCUUUGCGAAUUCUUUUCUCGAAAAUGCCCACUUGGGCGAUCAUUUUCGCUAAUGUGACUAAUAACUGGGGAUACUUUGUUCUUCUCUCAUGGAUGCCUGUUUACUUCCAAACCGUGUUUAAUGUGAAUUUGAAGCAAGCCGCUUGGUUCAGCGCAGUUCCAUGGGCGACAAUGGCAGUGACAAGUUACUAUGCAGGCGCAGCAUCAGACUUCUUGAUCAGAACUGGUUACUCUGUAACCUUUGUUCGGAAGGUCAUGCAGUCUAUCGGAUUUAUGGGUCCAGGGUUGUCUUUGCUCUGCCUCAACUACGCAAAGACGCCUUCUUGUGCAGCGGUUUUCAUGACCAUUGCGUUGAGCUUGAGUUCCUUUAGCCAAGCUGGGUUUCUCCUAAAUAUGCAAGACAUCGCACCGCAAUAUGCUGGUUUCUUGCACGGUGUUUCGAAUUGUAUAGGCACGUUGGCAGCGAUCGUAAGUACAAUAGGGACGGGAUAUUUCGUGCAAUGGCUCGGCUCAUUUCAGGCGUUUUUGACAUUAACGGCGUGCCUUUACUUUGUCACCACCGUGUUUUGGCUCAUUUUUGCAACCGGAGAACGAAUUUUCUAGAUCCAAAAAAAAAGCUUUCCUUUUUUUUUAUAUAUAUUUUUUUUACACGUUUAGAUCUUCUAAAUAGGAUACUACCUACCACCUGUACAUUAUUUUCGUGCAUGCUUCCCCAACGCCAACUGAGCUAUAAAUUCAGUUUUGUUCAAAUG